AUGAUUGUGGACUAUAGGAAACGGAAGACCGAACACACCCCCAUUCUCAUCGACGAGGCUGUAGUGGAGCAAGUUGAGAGCUUCAUGUUCCUUGGUGUCCAUAUCACCAACAAACUAACAUGGUCCAAGCACACCAUGACAGUCGAGAUUGUCCUGGUGCUGUUCUUUGGGACAGAGUACGUGGUGCGGCUCUGGUCUGCCGGCUGCAGGAGCAAAUAUGUGGGGAUCAAGGGACGACUCCGCUUCAUCAGGAAACCCAUUUCUAUCAUAGAUCUGAUAGUGGUUAUUGCCUCCGUCGUAGUGCUGGGUGUAGGCUCCAAUGGCCAAGUGUUUGCCACAUCUGCUAUCAGGGGAAUCCGCUUCCUCCAGAUUCUACGCAUGCUGCACGUGGAUCGUCAGGGAGGAACAUGGAGGCUUCUUGGAUCGGUAGUCUUCAUCCAUAGACAGGAGCUGAUCACCACGCUGUACAUCGGCUUCCUGGGGCUGAUUUUCUCCUCCUACUUUGUGUACCUGGCGGAGAAGGAUGCUGUGGAUGAGGAGGGAAAGACUGGCUUCUCCAGCUACGCUGAUGCCCUGUGGUGGGGCGUGGUGACGGUGACCACCAUUGGCUACGGGGACAAGAUUCCUCAGACGUGGAUAGGGAAGUGCAUUGCCUCCUGCUUCAGCAUCUUCGCCAUCUCCUUCUUCGCUCUGCCUGCAGGUAUACUGGGCUCGGGCUUUGCUCUGAAGGUGCAGCAGAAACAGAGACAGAAACAUUUCAACAGACAGAUCCCGGCUGCAGCCUCACUAAUCCAGACGCUGUGGCGCUGCUAUGCAGCAGAGAAACGAGAAGGCUGUCCCGCCACCUGGAAGAUGUAUGUCCUCACCGGAGACUACAUUCCCCCCAUGAACUCUGAAAACAACAACCCAAACCUCAGAAACAAGCGCACCAAGAGGAAACUGAAGAUGGUUCGUGACAAUGGCUCCAUGACCAUCCUUGGAGCGAGGAAGAUGUCCAUUCCUCAGAUCACCUUCGACCACAUCGAAGAUAACGACGAGAAGAAAGAGGUCCCCUUCUUUCUAGAAGAACCCCAAGGCAUCAUCCGGAUGUUCAGACAAACAGGCGUUCAGCACUCAUGGUCCUCUUUCAAUCUGAGCUGUGCUGCCUCUCCAGUUAAGAAAAACCUGGACGGGCCUGCCAUAGGCAUCUCCCGGGGCAACAGCCUGAGUGAUGACAUGGACUAUGUCAGCGAAGACACACCUUUACCCGUGGUGACAGACGCAUCACAUUUGUUGACCAGCCCGUUCAUGGCAAAGGUCCAGGACUCAGUCUCAACUCACCACUUGAAUUCAAGAAGGUACUACAUUUUUGGGGCUGACUCUCGGUCUUCCGUCCGCGCCGCCAUGCUUGCGUCGCCAACUCCAUUCUCCGAUAACCUGCUUCGCACUGCUCUAGCGAAUUCCAGGCGGGCUCCAGCACUCUCUCUGGGUCGACCGCCCACCUGUCUAUUUCCUCCCAAGUCGUAUACUCCAAACUUCGUAGCUCCUGCUGCCGCUGCCUGUCACCACGCUGCUUGGUCCUGUAAUGAAAACAGUGGCACACAGGAGCAUCUGACUGGAGCUGUUUAUGCACUGGCCGUAGCGGUGCUGGCCUGGUGCUGGGGCUGCCUGGGGAUCAGUUUCAAGUGGCCCAGCCCUGGCAUUGAUGUGGGCCAGGGGGGUUUAUUCAGGUGUGGCAACGUCGCCGCUGAUGUCUCCCGUGCGCUGCAGCCAGGUGCCUGGGCUCCAUUAGAAGGCCCAGUGUUCAGGCUAGGGGCUGAAUAA